GGUGUUCAGAGCUCUUCAUUGAGAAAAAUCCACAGCCGAGUUUUAUUCGAGGAGCCGCGGGGGAUGUAGGGGAGGAAAAUCUGCGAUUUCACACUGACAAGAAGCUUCACUUAUCAAGCUGAAGACUCCUCCGGCAUGGACGGCUUUUAUGACCAGCAGGUGCCCUUCGUGGUCCCUGAGAGCUGUCACGCAGACGGAGCAGAGAGAUGUCUCAGCGACCGGAAAAGGAAGUUCAUGGACACGGAGCUGGCUCAGGACACAGAAGAUCUCUUCCAAGACCUGAUCCAGCUGCAGGAAAUCUGGAUCGCUGAAGCUCAGGUCCCCGAUGACGAGCAGUUUGUCCCAGAUUUCCAGUCCAACAAGUCGUCGUGCAGCAAAGUGAAGAGAGAGUGCAGUCCGUCUAAAGACUUGUCCCCCUGCAGGACGCCCGGCGCCGACCUGUGUCUGUAUAGCUACAGCGACACCAAGCCCCCCCCCCCCUCCUCGCCUCAUCCCGCCGGAGCUCCGCCCCCGCAGAGGCGCUUACAACCUUCGGCCCCCCCGCUGGCCAGCAACUGCCCCCGAGGCCACGCUCCCACCCCGAGCCCCUCCCACCACCACCACCACCAACAACACCCCCACCACCACCACAGCCUCCCGGCGGCCCCCCAGGGCCAGCGGUUUGCUCUGCCGCGCGCCCCCGCCAGCCGCCCCGCCUCGUCCUUCUGCGGGGAGCAAAGGUUUCAGCGGCAGCUGUCGGAGCCGUGCUUGUCCUUCCUUCCUUACCAGCCCCCGGUGGGCGACGGGCGACCGCCGUACCAGCGGCAUCACUCGGAGCCGCCGCUGCCGCCCCCCCCACGAGGCCCCCGGGCUUUCAAACAGGAGCUGGUGGAUCCGCAGUACCCGGAGCCGGGGCCCCCGGGGCCCGCUUUCAACCACGUCGCCGUCAAGCAAGAGCCGAGAGACUUUGGCUUCGACUCUGAGGUUCACACCUGCCGCUCGUCGCUGGGGGAGUCCUCGGCCCUGUGCCAGAACCGCGCGCUCGGCGCCGACUCGCGGCGGCCUUUGUUCCACGACGACGCCUGCGUCGUGCCGGAGAGGCUGGAUGGUAAGGCCAAGCAGGAGGGUUUGCCGUACCAGCGCCGCGGCUCCCUGCAGCUCUGGCAGUUCCUGCUCACGCUGCUGGACAACCCGGCCAACGCGCACCUGAUCGCGUGGACGGGACGCAACAUGGAGUUCAAACUGGUCGAUCCGGAGGAGGUGGCUCGGCUUUGGGGCCUCCAGAAGAAUCGCCCGGCGAUGAACUACGACAAGCUGAGCCGCUCUCUGAGGUACUACUACGAGAAGGGCAUCAUGCAGAAGGUGGCCGGCGAGCGGUACGUUUAUAAGUUCGUGUGCAACCCCGAGGCGCUGUUCUCGCUGGCCUUCCCGGACAACCAGAGGCCGAGCCUGAAGGCCGACCCGGACGCCGUCCGGCUCCCCGGCGAGGAGGACGGCCUCCCGCCGCCCAGCUACGAGGACGAGGGCGCCUACCUGGCCGAGGGGGCGGAGCAGUGCGUCCAGGGACUGGCUUUCCCUGACAGCUACCCCUACUAGACCUGCAAAAGCUUUUUUGCUCAGAUGUUUCCCCCUCUGUCACGGUGACCCCGCGACCUGCUGGCUUGUGCUUUUGUGCCACAGACCUGUUCUCUGGGACUUCAACCAAAAAGUAUCUCAAAACCACGGGCACUCCUUUUACUAAUGAUAUGAGGUCAAUCUGCUUGUCUUCGGUGAACCUUGUACUGCUCAAAAGGGACGCACAUUUUCCAGAUGUUGUAGUCCAUGGAGCCAAAUCCAUGAUUUGUGAUUACACUCCCCUCUCAGUUGAUGCCACGCCCCCUUUGCCAGAUCAGGGCCACACGUCUGAAUAUGACAUUACACAUAUAUAUCUUCAACUGAAAAACCUAUAGAAGUGAAUGACAUCAAAUCAAAAAGUCAAGAACUGUGUCUAAACUACAUUCAAAACAAAAAAUACUUUUUUUUAAAAAUGUUGAAUACAUACAUACAUAUUUUUCAAAUGAUCAAAACUUUUUUUUGUCCUGGAUUUGGCUCCAUGAAAGUCCUCCUAUGAUCAUGUAUGUUCAAAUGUCUUUUGUGUACUUAUUUCAAAGCUAAUAUUUUUGACAUUAUAUGUAAUGACAUGUAAUAUUUUCCUAAACUGUUUAAUGACAAAGGUACUGCUACUAUUUUUCUGUAAUACUGCCAGCGUGAUGCCAAUAAUAAGCACGAACUUUUCUACAGCCGGCUCAACCCUUCUUGUACUCGGACGGUUUUCUGCAUUUUGUAUAGUCGAUUCGCUUCAAUGUGUAGCAACGCUGUAUAAUUAUAUAUGAAUAUAUUUUUGCAAAAGGCCCCAUUUGGUUGAUGUCGUACUAUACAAGCUGCAAAGUUUAGCCCGCUAACGUAUUGCAUCAAUUGCAGCCUCUUCCGAGAUGGAUGACUUCCAGUCCUGCAGGUAGAAAUGGACGUAUGUAAGUGUAUGUUUUGCUCUAUAAUCACGUGGUGGUAUGAGUGGAGGAGGUGGUGUGUGAUGGAGGCCGGAGGGAGGUUUUGACACCGGUGUGGCGUCUACCCCACGGAUACUGUCUGUGUGCCUUCUAUUGAUCUUUACUGAUACAAUAAACUAUUUUACUCUUUCGUUUCA